AUGGCGGACGAACCAGGACAACCACCGGCGCUCACCACGCUGAGUCUCGCCGAAAAGGCUCCCGCGUCAAAGGCCGUCGGCCAGGUCAUCACCCCUUUUGAUGUCUCUGGUGGUGUAGACGAGUCCGGCAAGCCCUUGCCUGUAGACUAUGACAAGCUUGUCCGAGAGUUUGGCGCCACUCCUCUCACCCCGGAACUGCUCGAGCGCUUCGAGAAGGUCACUGGCCAUCGCCCGCACCGUUUCAUGCGCCGCAGCAUUGUGUUCAGCCACCGCGACCUGAGCAAGAUCCUGGACCGCCAUGAGAAGGGCCAGCCUUUCUAUCUCUACACGGGACGUGGACCGAGUAGUGACAGUAUGCAUGUGGGACAUACUGUGCCGUUCGAGUUUACCAAGUGGCUGCAAGAUGUGUUUGACGUGCCCCUUGUGAUUAUGAUGACCGACGAUGAGAAGUACAUGCAUUCCCAGAAGAUCGAGAUCGACGACGUCAAGCGGUUCACAAAGGGAAACGCGAAGGAUAUCGUCGCUGUUGGAUUCGAUAUGAAGAAGACAUUCAUCUUCAGCGACUUUGACUUUGUUGGCGGCGCUUUCUAUGAGAAUAUCUGCAGAAUGGCCAAGCGUAUCACAAUCAACCAGGUGCGAGGUACCUUUGGCUUCAACGACAGCAACAACAUCGGAGAGUUCCACUUCUGCGCCACUCAGUCCGCGACUGCAUUUGCCACUAGCUUUCCUCACAUCUUCGGUACCGAUCGGAAGAAGGUCUCCUCGAUCCCCUGCUUGAUUCCUUGCGCCAUUGACCAGGAUCCCUACUUCAGGCAGUGCCGUGAGCACGCCGAGAAGAUGAAGUAUAAGAAGCCCUCGCUCAUUCACUCCAUCUUCCUGCCCGCCCUUCAAGGCCCUGGCUCCAAGAUGUCUGCGAGUGUGGAUUCCUCGGCCAUCUUUAUGAACGACACGCCAAACAAGAUCAAGAACAAGAUCAACAAGUUCGCCUUCUCCGGUGGCCAGGAGACCACCGAGCUUCACCGCGAGCUGGGCGGUAAUAGUACGGUCGAUGUUCCCUUCCAAUACCUGACCUUCUUCCUUGAGGAUGAUGAGGAGCUUGAGCGCAUCCGCACUGCUUACGAGAAGGGUGAGAUGCUGACCGGCGAGCUGAAGCAAAUCUGUAUCGCCGAGCUGCAGAAGUACGUGAAGGAAUUCCAGGAGCGUCGCGCUCAGGUCACUGAUGAAAUUGUGGCCGAGUACAUGCGACCACGUCCUCUGGAGUGGAAGGGCAACCCUAACCCUGUGGCUGCUGAAAAGAAGUAA